CGGACGCAAAUACGCGCAUUAUUAAGUUGUUACAAGUGUUUAGACUUAAUUUUAACACAUGACGCCACAAAAUGAUAUGCAAUAUGAGAAGAUUCAGAUCGAGAAUAAAGACGAAAGCCAUCCAUUAUUUGAAAUGUGGCGUGAAGACGGCGACGUUUCUGUUUUGGGCGACACUCUACAUGGUCGUUUUGAAGAUGACACUGUUCAAGAGCAGCGGAAACACCCCCGUGAAAGAUUGGUCUAUAGUACCUGACAAUUACACUAAGUGGCUGUUGCAGGGUCCUGUCGUAGGCGACGAAGAGUCCGACUCGGAAGUGGAUAAAAUUCAAUGGCUGGAGCCAGACAAUGCGACGAUAUUUGAACUGGAGCAACGAGCGGCGAGGGUUCAGAAUAUUUGUCGCAAAUACUCGCUUUACUCGCAGCCGGUCAACAGCAAGGAGUUUUUUGUGGAUCAUGCUCACAACAUUGUGUGGUGCAAUAUAUUCAAAGCUGCAAGCUCCUCUUGGUUGUAUAAAUUUAAUAUUAUGGGAGGGUACGAUAAGAAAUUUCUAGCACGCACUAGGCAGACGCCUCUGACGUUAGCUAGGAAGAAAUUUCCGCGUCCCAGCGAGGAAGAAAUACUAGAUGCCGUCAACACACCUGGAGUAGUGUCGCUACUAAUGGUACGCGAACCCUUCGUUAGGUUGCUUUCUGCUUAUCGAGACAAACUGGAGAACAUAACUCCACCUUACUACAGGAAGUUAGCAAAAGCUAUUGUAACCGAACACAGAGAAAGGGCUACUCAUGUUCUAGGUCCAAUCAAAAGUUUUGGACCUACAUUCUACGAAUUUGUAGCAUACUUAAUACAGAAACAUAACGACAAGUCUUUUAGUUUGGAUGAACAUUGGGCACCAUAUUACCAAUUUUGUUCGCCAUGUGCGAUAAAUUUUAGUGUUAUUGGCAAAGUGGAAUCGUUGGCCAAAGACUCUGCGUAUGUGAUACAGCAGUUGGGUCUCGGGCACCUCCUAGGGCGUACGGUCGGCGACAAAAGGACACGACUGCGUACCGUUAUGAACAAGUCUAGGGACGGUAAAAAUACUACGGCAUUACUAAAAUACUACUUUAGUCAACUUGACGAAAAAAUGCUUGAAGGUUUGUUAAAAAUAUAUGGAAUAGAUUUUGAAAUGUUUGGAUAUGAUAUGAAAAUUUAUAAACGGUAUGUAAGAAAAUAA